AGGAGCUGUGCUCUGAAAGCUUGUACUUCCAAAUAAACCUGUUGGACUAUAACCAGAUGUUGUGUGAUUUUUAAAUUUACACAAUAUGUUGCAUUUUAGACCUUCAUCCUUCUGCCUUUGUGAAUAGUGAGAGAUAGUAGCAGUGUUUGCUAGCUGGUUAAUAAUUUGAUAGCCUUUAAACCAGCCCGAAGGUGGAGAGUCUUGUAUAGGAUGGAAGGGUUAUGUAGACACUCACAUAACCCGUGCAAAAAGAAAGAGGGAAGUAUAGGGUGGGGUAAGUAUAUAGCAGACACCCACAACCCCCAGAUGCCAUUAACCAGUUUCAUAUAAAUUGAGAGUAGGUGUUCCUUCUUUGAUAGGCAGAAAGUCAAAGCUAUAUCCGCUGCUCUGAGUUGUUAUCUAAAGAUUAAAAAUGCUCAUUACAGAAAUGAGGGGGCGAGGUUAUUUAGAAUCAACACAGAAGUAGGCAUUAAUGCCAAACAUGCUCAUCUCUUUUUCAUUUCAAUAUCUGUUUGGUCCUUUCUCAUACACUGUUCACUCUGAUGUACUUGUCUAACUUUGUUAUGAGCACCUUCUAUACUACACACCUCAACAAUUCUCUACAUGGUUGAGAGUUUUGUUUUCUGAUCACUCUCUGACUAAAGAAGCUUCACCUGAAUACGUCUUUGGACAUAUUUACCACUCUCCUAUUGACUGCUAGAUUUGAAUAAAAUUAUUCAAAGCCACACCUCUGGCUUCUAUUUUCUAAAGUACUCUGGCUGAUUCAGCCUUUCCCUUUUCUGUAUAAGGGCUUGGUGCUGGUUGCAUCCUGCUGUUGGUGAUUCGUGGCAAUCUACCACAUUACGACAAUCUGCCUUUUUAGCAUAAUUUUCCAUCAGCAGAAUAUGUCUACAUCUAGUUCUCUGUUUAAAAUCUUUAUGGAAACCAAAGAUUUGAAUAAUGGAGAAGAGUAGAUAGAUGCUACUGAGAAUUGGUACAGGUGGCAGUAUGGAAGGGUUUUAUAGGCUCAAUAUCCCAUGCGAAGAGGAGGAGGAAAGGGUAGUGUAGAGGCUGCAUGGCCUCCUGCGCUGUCUGGUUGUAUUUGAGUGCUUCGGGGACUGUCCUCUCUCAUGAAUAAUUGGAUGUAAAUUGUUAGAAUUCUGUGUGCACUGUACUUGUUUCAGACAUAUAUUGGGAGGGUUGCCAGGUACAAAGCUCCAGGCCAGCCCUCCCCAUUCCUCAAGCAAUAUUUAUUUUUUUAAAAAGUGCAUUUCCGUAAUAUUUAAAAAUGCUUUACAGCUGGCCUUUGAAACGUAGUUGCUAAGGAGGAAGCUCGGCAGUCAAUUUAUGCACAGCAUCUCCGGCUAACAGUAAGAUGACAAUGAGCAGGUAAUUUUUUUUUUGCAGUAUUAACGGAGGGUGAAAUAUUGCCUGGGACACUGGGACUGUCUCCCUUGUUCUUCUUUGAAAUAAUGCCGUGGAGUCAUUUGCAUCCAUUUGAGUAGAUGAAUGGGGCGAAGGCACCUUCAGAAGUUCAGCAGUGCACGCUCAGUGCUGCAUGGGACUGUGGAGAAGACGCGGCCCCAUGGAGCCCGGGAUGUUUCAGGUGGAGUUCCCGAACUUUGGCAACAACCUUCUGAGGAAGCUGAACCAGCAGCGGGUGGAGGGCAAGCUCUGCGACAUCACCAUCCACCUGCAGGGCCAGAUGUUCAAGGCCCACCGGGCGGUGCUGGCCGCCUCCUCCCCUUACUUCCACGACCAGGUGCUGCUGAAGAACGCCAGCCGCAUCGUGCUGCCGGGGGUGAUGAGCCCCAAGGCCUUUGAGAACGUGCUGGCCUCCUCCUACACGGGCAAGCUGACUGUCCUGUCGCCCGACAUCGUCAGCUACCUGACGGUGGCCAGCUUCCUGCAGAUGUGGCAUGUGGUGGACAAGUGCACAGAGCUGCUGCGGGAGUGCCAACCCCCGGCGCCGCCCGCCCCUAGCCAGAACCAGUCGCCCAGCAGCAGCAACUACCUCAGCCCCUGGCACGGUCCCGAGCUGCCCGCCAAGUUCGAGAGGCCCGAGGACGACGGCGUCAAGGUGGAGGGCCACUGUCACCCUCACCACCGCCAACACGGGCAGCAGCAGCAGCAACAUGAGGAGGAGGAAGAGGAGGAGGAGGAUGGGGCGGCGGGGGGAGGGGACGACGAUGAUGAGGAGGUAGACGAGGAUGAGGACGACGAUGGGCAGAAAGGCCGGACCUCGCCGCGCCAGGACACCGAGCAGGACAACGUCAUCAGCAACUCGGCCGAGCGGGAGAAGUUCGGAGCAGAGGGCCGGGAGAGUGAGGCCGGGGCAGUGAGCGACGGCGGCGCUGACUGCCCUUACCCGCUGCAGCCCUACAGCCAGCCCAGCAUGGUGCCACACAAGCGCUGGGUCUUGGUGAAGAGUGGCAAGGCGGAGGGUGGCGCGUCUCCAGGCGGCGCGGGGGACGAGGACGAGGAGCGGCACUUUGUGCUGGUGCCACCCAUGGGAAAGAGGGAGCCGGAGGACCCCGGGGUGCACGAGCCGCCUGCCCACUUUGGUGAGCACCUGGGGCCCGAGGAGUAUGACGAGUUUGCCGAGGACCCCAGCUACGACGAGCCGGUCGACUACUACGGAGCAUCGGACGACUUCCACUUUGAGCAGCCGGCAGGGGGCAGCCCUGGGGGUAUGGCCAUGCAGGGCUCUGGGCUGCCUGGCGAGAUCCAGGAGAACGGUGCCUACGGCGUGCUGGGCGAUCCGGGCCCCAGUUCCGGGCAGGCCGGGGCGUCAGCCAGCUCAGACUUCCCCGGCGGCUCCGUCUACAAGCUCUACCCUUGCCAGUGCGGCAAGAGCUUCGCCCACAAGAGCCAGCGGGACCGCCACAUGAGCAUGCACCUCAACGUGAGGCCUUUCGGCUGCCCCAUCUGCAACAAGAAGUUCAAGAUGAAGCACCACCUGAUGGGCCACAUGAAGAUCCACACCGGCCACAAGCCGUACGAGUGCCACUACUGUGGCAAGAAGUUCAUGUGGCGAGACAGCUUCACGCGCCAUCGUAAUGCCUGUGCCAAACUCUACCACGCUGCCACCUCCGUCCCCAUCCCCCUCCCUGACCUCGACGUGCCCUCCGACCUCAGUGUGCCCUCCGACCUCUGACCCAGCUCCUUCCGCUACCCCCACUCUCCGCCCACCAGCUGCCACUCCUCCAACCGAUCGGCAGAGACUCUGGACGAGGGGUGAGAUGGGUGUGGGGUGUGUGGAAGGGGAGGAGACCGGAGGUCGGGGGAGGGGAGAACUACGAGUUGGUACGAUGGAACCAAAGUCGUUGUUAGGUGGGGGUAUAGGGUGGGCGUGGCAAGGACUGAUAAACACAAUCUGGAGCCUGCUGCCAAGUUGUGCUCAACUGGACAUUUCAAACAUGACUGACUUCCAGCUGAGUUGACCCAGCUUUAAACCCACUUACCUUUGAAUCAGGGCAUGCUGACGAUUUUUACAAGAAAUAAGUAUUUAAGUAUAUAUAUAAAACAAAUUAUAUAUAUAUAUAUAUAUAUAUAUAUUUAGAUAUAUGUAUAUUUGUGUGUGUGUGUGUAAAUUGUGUUGCUGCACAUGGAAGUAUUUUUUACGGCCACCUCUGCUUUUUAAUAUUUAUGGCAAUUAAACCUGGGCAGGGUUGGAGAAGCUCCUGGGCACAGCUCCGAUUCUGGGAGAAAGGAGCACCUCCGAAUCCAGUUAGACACGUGUUGACCAUGUCUUGCAUGCUGUAAGGUUGUGGAGUCAAAUCCCCUCCAGAGUGCCUGAGCAGAAACAUCGAGGUUGGUUUAACCAGUGCCAGUGCGGAGACAUUAAACUGAGACAGGGUGCUCAAGAUGGUCUGUCAGAUUGGAGGCAGACUAUCCUUUGCUUUCGGUCUUUCAAAGUAAAAGCUGGUGUGGAGUGGUGGGGGGUGGUGUGAGACUACAGAGGUAAUCAUGGGGGCAGGGGCAAGAUUCCCUCCUCAGCCAUUCUCACUAGAUAUGGAUGAUCUGGUCAUCAUCGCUUUGCUAUUGGUUGGAGCUUGCUGUUAUGCAAACUGACUACACUUCCCUCCAUCACAACAGUGUCUGCACAUCAAGAAGUACAACAGUUGCUGUAAAAAGGACUUUUUAGGGCCUGUGUUUCACCUUUUCAGAAAUGUCACCAUUUUUUCUCCCGCUUUUAAUUUUGUUGUGUUCUUUGCUAUUUUUGUUUUUUUUUUAAAGAAAGUGUGGAAUUUCAACUGCUGUCCCUGUGAAUAAAGAAAGUUUGGUGACUGA